UUAGCCGUCAGAAGGGAAGCAUUGGAGGAGUGCUGGAAAUUGGUGAAACGGAUUAUCCCUGAAUCAGGACAAGAUGUAUUCAGACGAAAUGUGAAGCUGUUCUUCCAUCAACCAUCCUCUCAUAGCAUCAUCAGCUCAGCUCUACAGACUAUCUCAGAGGGCUGGGAUGUGGAGAAGGGGAUGGUGAGUGAGAUGGUGAUCGUUGCUCUCUGCAAGUGGGAAGGGGACAAAUGGACAGAAGAAACUCUUUCUCACCACAUCUUCCCUCUUAUUCAUACCUCUUCUCACCCAUAUCUCAAGGCCCGACUUCUCUUACUCUCUGCUCAUCUCGUGAAGAAUAUGGAGCAAAAGGAGCUGGUCAAGGUGUCACCUGCAGCAAGAAAUGUCUUCAAGGAAGUGCUUCAGGUUCUGCAAAAGGGAGAGGGUGAGAUCUCUGUGGAUUUGAUUCAAGCCGUGAUUGCCUUGCGGGAAUGGGAGGAUUUUGCCAGGAUCCUCUCGGAGUGGGCCAGUCAAGACUCCAUCCAGAAAGAGGGGAAAGUCUUCCUCACUUCCUGAUCCCUUCUUUUCAUCCUUCUCUUUCUUUACCUUUUCCUAUUUCGUCCCUGGAUAUGAGUCACCCGGUUGUUUUUUAUUAUUACCGAAUGGAUCCCUACUGGAUGAAUAAAUAAAUACAAAUCGGGAUAAGUUG